CCACUAUGGGAUUUUCAGCACACAGGGAAAAUGGUCUUUAAGUUUUUUUCAGAGCUUGUGGCAGUGAAAAUUUCUAACAAAUCUAGUAAUCUGCUUCUCAAACGUAUCAAUUGUUGUCGAUCUUGACAUAAAUUAUCUGCAUCCAUAUAAUAAAGAUUAAUUGACCGACAGGUGGGUCAGAUCAAAUGUUGGAUAUGAUCAAUCGUCGUCAAAAAUGCCCUUCAAAGAUGGAGAUAACAAAAAAUUAGUACAGAAUAGUAACUUACUAUACUCAGGAAAGCGUGAAAAAUAAUAAACUACAUCAACAACACGUGCCAGGGUGGCGCAUGAAAUGGGAAAAAAAGAAUGCUUGUUUAUCUUACUGACGUUUCACAGAUAAACAUGUUUCAAAACGUAACUUCUCUCAGCUUCCGGUUGUGUAGGAUUGCACCGGGACGCAGCUCUUGACUCACCCAAAAUCGUCUCAUUUCCCGGAAGCGGGAACAAUGAACUCUGCUGACAUUUGCCCCUUUCAAACUUGACGUCCAUGCAAGUGGUUGUGGCUUAAUGAAGUCCACUUCCUUCAGCUGGUGAUGGCGGAUGAUGUCGAACAGGACGCCAUGAAGAAGAACUACCAUUUUGCUUCUGAGAAAAUAAACCCGGCCACAAGCCGCUAUCCUCACUGCAUUGUCUGGACGCCCAUUCCGGUGUUGUCGUGGUUGUUUCCUUUUAUAGGACAUAUGGGAAUCUGCACGUCCACCGGUGUCAUCCGCGACUUUGCUGGACCUUACAUGGUGUCUGAAGACAAUAUGGCAUUUGGAAGACCAACAAAAUACUGGAUGCUUGACAUCAGCAAGGUUUAUGCCAGUGGCUCUAAUGCUUGGGAUACAGCUGUGCAUGACGCCUCUGAGGAGUACAAACACAGAAUGCACAACCUCUGCUGUGAUAAUUGUCACUCUCAUGUUGCCAUGGCGCUGAAUCUGAUGAAAUAUGAAAACAAGACCACAUGGAACAUGGUCAACCUGUGCCUCCUCACUCUGAUCCAUGGAAAGCAUGUCAGCUGUGCUGGCUUCCUGAAGACCUGGCUGCCUUUCAUCUUGCUGGUGGGAAUCAUCUUGACCGUGGCCCUGACCCUCAAUCUGCGGUGACCAGGAACCAUCAUGCCCUGGAUUCCCAACACUCACAUUAUUGUGAAGUAGAAGAGCUGGUCUUCUGGUUUCUGCGAGGCCUCUACACUGAAGACAAAGGAGGCAGAUGCUGACAGUGGACGGAUGAGUUGACAAAGUCAGGACAAAGGAAGAUGAGAAUUGCUUCCCUCUUGAAGCGUUUGUAAAUGGGACCAUCUCCAGGCCGUGAUUGAUCCUAGAUGGUGAUUUUUCUGCUUCCACAAGCCUUUUUAAAUCACUGAAACGCCUUUAGCGGAGAUGUUCAGUCUCUUGUGCUUUGAACUAUUAUGCCGCCUUGGAUUGUGUUACAGAAAUGUUUGUCAUCUGUGACAUUUUUACCUCUAACUUGUGUAGGUUUACAUUUUCACCAGCGCUUCGAUUGUCAACCACUAUGAAUGUGAGUUUCAGGGACAAAACUGUCCCUGAAGAUGAAAAGUGCUAUUUUUGUCAAGGUUCUAAUCUAAUAAUUGUCUUUGAGAGGUUCAUCAUAUUCAGUUUUUUAUGUGAUCGCCAAGUUGAGAAAUUACUCGCCUUACACUUCUGGAGGUGGAGGAAGAAGCCUUUUAAAAUAAGUGGUAGAAAGUUCUCUGGGGAUGUUUUGAAAAUCUAGAAUCCACACGCAAUUGUCUGUCAUCGACACCAUGAUUUAAAACUUUAUAUAUUUAAAACCAAACGUGAACAUGCUUUGUUUGGAACAAUGUGCAAGGAAGAAAAAAAAUAUUUCUAAAUUUGAAAACACAAAAGGCAGUGACAUGAGCAUCAUAAAAUUCUGUAAAUGCCCUUUUUCAAACUUGUUAUCACUACUACCAAUGUCCUCUUUCAGUAAUCAAAAAAUUGAAACCAUUUUUUCCCUUUUCUUCCAACAUGGAGCCUACAUUGGUGCCUGUGUUGUGCAAUUGAUUCAGCAUAUGUAUUUUUUUUCUUUGAUUAAAGAUGGUUUUUGAUUUUGGGUACGAUGCUGUGAGCAGCAGCUGGUCUCCCAGAUUCUCAGGUUUUGAAACUUGCCAACCUCCUGCUGAAUAUCCUGACGUGCUCCUGCUGAGAGCUUGGACGAGUGUCACUGCUUUUGUUUCCUCUCCCCUGCAGAAUGCUUUCACAAGUGCUUGUUGAAUGUUGCUAUUUCUUCAAAGUCAGUCUUGGAAGCAAUGACAAUAUUGUAAAGGAAAUGGUGCCAGCAUAAGAGCAUACUGUAUUUUCUUUCAACAUUUGGCACAUUUAAAAAGUUAUGUAAUCCUGUAAUGAAGAUCAUUUAAUCCAUUGUCUUGUUCUGUUAUUGCGUGCGUGCGUUCUUGUACUAUCUUUGUGAGAACCUGUAUGAGUUAUCCUCACUUUGACAAGCCUCGGAGUUAAAACCAUAAAGUUGCUGGGUCAUUAUUAUUGGGUUUUUGUUUGGUUGAGAGUAAAGGUUAAGUUUAGCCAUUUGUUUUAGAUUGUUAGGUUUGGGUGAGAUGCUGGGGAUAGGGUUAUGUCAGUGAUGGUACUCACUAAGAUAGGAAGAUGUGUGCGCGUGCGCUUGUUUAUACUGUCUUGUGGGGUCCAAUUCCUGACAACACACUAUCCUUGUGGGGACCUUUUUGACGGUCUCACGGGUCCAAACCUCAAUUUGAGGAUGAAAACUUGAAAAUGAGUGGGUCAUUAUAAUUGGGUUUAAGUUUGGUUCAGAAUCCUGGUUAAGGUUAGGCACUUGUUUUGGAUGAUUACAUUUAGGGGGAGAGGUUGGGGAAAGCAUUAUGUCGAAACCUCAAAAUGUCCCCACAGGGUCAGCAAUACAAGCGUGUGUGCGCGUGCUGGUCUACUUGUAAAUUUGUUUCACUCCUGAAUCACUGCUGUGGGAAGUCUCCAUUGAUGUUUCAUAUCUUAAUUUGAGUAUUUAAAAAAAAUCUGUCAAUUUACCUGAUGAGCUUUUUCAAAGUGCUUAAUUCUCUCCAUGAAACUGCUUUGUUCUGCUCCAGCACUACUCGUGACAAAUCCUCAACAGUGAUGUGUUCACAGAGGUGUUUUGUCGAGAGACGAUUGACUGCUGAGCAGCUGGUGUGGUAUCCAGGAGCUAUGUCCAGGAAUCUGGGGACCUGUGGCCCUGUCUGAACACAGGAUCAUGUAUUGCAGCAUUAGUCUUAGCCUGCUUUAUUUCAUCUUCAGAUAUAAUUAUUUACAUAUCAAGAUCAUUUUUAGAAUGAAAGGUCUGAAGAUUGCUGUGAACAUGCAAAUAAACAGA